AUGAACUCUAUCCAAUUUCUGGCGAACACCGUGGAUAAGGCGUUCAACCCCGCGUUCCCGCCGGAUCAGAAGUCUCCAUCAGACAUUGACGAUUCGGAUAUUGUCACAAGACAGCUCGAUCCUCCAGUACAAUUCCAGAAGGAACAGCAACUUGUGUUCGAUGAGGAGGAGGAUAGCGACGAUCCAUCGUCUUUUAGCACUCUUUUAAGCAUCUUGUUUUUCAUCCCAAAGCAUAUCAUCGUCAAUCCGGUCCUUCUGGUGCUUUAUAUCGUCACGUACCCUGUGAGGGCACUGAUAAAUGUGUUUAGCAAGAAAGAAGCAAUCCAACAAACGAUGCCCGUUUCACAAGCCCCUGACACUAGCGCAGAUCAGGUACAUAUCCUCCAGCCUCAGCGGUCUCGUGAAGACCCUGCAACUCAAAUCACCACGAUAAUGGAGGAAGACAUAGAGUUUGAGCUGGAUAAGAGCGAGGAUCCGAUCAAAUCACCAACGGGCCCGGUAGCCUCUACCAGCGCAAUUCGACAGCCGCCACAGCAGCUACAUAAUACAGAACGCAGGAAGAACACACGCCAUAACAAUCUCAUGACGCCUCGGAAAAAGAAGUUUAUCUUCCCCAAACUGCUGUUCAACUUCAACAUUAAUCAUCCUCCAAACCUGCCACAAAAAACGCUUGUUCUUGAUCUAGACGAAACCCUCAUACAUUCUCUUUCGAGACACAAUUCAUCGAUUCUCAACAAAAAUAAAGGAACCACCAUUGAGAUCCGAAUCAAUAGUCAAUUGGCUACGCUAUAUCACAUAUAUAAACGACCUUAUGUGGACGAGUUCUUGUCGAUCGUCCGCAACUGGUUCAACCUCGUGUGCUUCACUGCCUCCAUCAAGGAGUACGCCGAUCCGGUGAUCAACUAUCUAGAACAAGAGGUCAUGCUUAAAGACAAAGGAGACAUUUCGCAGAAAAAGCUGUUCAGCCAACGAUUUUACCGAAACAGCUGUAUUUUCACCGAAGGCAAAGGUUAUGUGAAGGACCUCGGGGUUCUGACCGGUCACCAAAGAGAGAGACCAUCCACACCAACCACCUCGCCGCACCCACCAGGAACAAACAAUUCCAACGAGACCGUCAAUUCUGUUAGAGACCGCUCUGCAAGCAGAACGAGAGGAUCUUCCGUGGGGAGACCAGUAACAGACCUCAGCAGGGUCAUCAUCAUAGACAACUCGCCAAUCAGUUACAGCUUUCACAAGAAAAACGGAAUCAUGAUCGAGGGUUGGAUCAACGAUCCUGAUGACUCCGAACUAAUGAAUUUGUUGCCUCUGUUGAACAGCCUCAGAUUCACAAGCGAUGUCAGAAACAUUCUCGGACUCAAGCUGGGCCAAGACGUUUUUGAGUAA